AACUAAUGGGCGCAGACAUUGAGAGGAUUUGUUUAUAUAAACAUUUCCAUGAUUAUUUCCAAACCCAAGGAAAAAAAUAAAAUCAUCCACUUCCCACUGGGCUCAUUGGGAAGAAACAUAAAUAAUAACAGAAACAAUGGCUGUGCUGUUGCCCUCUUCUGCUAAUACUACUAUCCUCCCGAAACAACUCUCAACUGCCUUCCCUCCUCAACCAGGUAGUUUAAACAUUUUGUGGAACAGUUGUUACUCAAGAAAGUUAAAAACAAACCACAAUUCUUUCGUGGCAAUGUCUUCUUUGAAUAAUGCUUCAAGAAUAUCAUCUGGGGACUACGAUAAAUUGAAGAAAGUAUGGAUAUGGACAGAAAAUAAGCAAGUUAUGACUGCUGCUGUUGAAAGAGGCUGGAACACCUUCAUAUUUUGCUACAAAUGUCGAGAACUUGCCGAUGAAUGGUCAUCAACUGCAAUGAUAUAUCCCCUGUUUGUUAAAGAGGACGAGAUUUUAGAUGGUGAGAAUAAAAGGGUUGCUGCAACGUUUGACGUUUCUACCCCACAAGAGCUGGAGCAGUUUCAAUUAGAAAAUGCACAGGCUGAGAAUAUUGUUGUCAAUUUACUGGAUUGGCAGAUAAUACCUGCAGAGAAUAUUGUUGCAGCAUUCCAAGGCAGUCAGAAAACAGUGUUUGCAGUCUCAAAAACUCCUUCUGAGGCAAAAGUCUUCCUUGAGGCCUUGGAGCAUGGUUUGGGUGGAAUUAUUCUAAGAGUUGAGGAUGUUGAAGCUGUGUUUGAGCUCAAGAACUAUUUUGACAGAAGGAAUGAAGCAAGCAAUGUGUUGAUCUUGACAAAAGCAACAGUAAGCAAAAUUCAAGCAGCUGGAAUGGGUGAUCGUGUUUGUGUGGAUCUCUGUAGCCUCAUGAGACCUGGUGAAGGGCUUCUGGUUGGUUCAUUUGCUAGAGGACUGUUCCUUGUUCACUCAGAAUGCUUAGAGUCAAAUUACAUUGCCAGCAGACCUUUCCGUGUCAAUGCAGGACCAGUACAUGCAUAUAUCUCUGUUCCAGGAGGAAAGACUUGCUACCUUUCAGAGUUAAGAGCAGGCAAAGAAGUAAUUGUAGUUGACCAAAAAGGCCAGCUGCGAACAGCAAUUGUUGGUCGUGUAAAGAUAGAGAGCAGACCUCUUGUCCUUCUGGAAGCAAAGAUAGAUUCAGAUUAUCAAACGGUUUACAGCAUCUUCCUACAGAAUGCAGAAACAGUUGCCUUAGUACCUCCAUGCCAAGGAAAUGGAACGCAAAAUGUAGCUAUUCCUGUGACUGCAUUAAAAGUUGGAGAUGAAGUUUUGUUGCGAUUGCAAGGUGCUGCUCGCCAUACAGGAAUAGAAAUUCAAGAAUUCAUUGUUGAGAAUUGAAUAAGAAUGAGGGUUCAUUCUAAAAGUUGAAUUUGUGGGUGAUCAUUUGUGCUACAACACGGGUCGUGCUGGAGGUAGUCUUUAAAAUUAUACCAAUACCUUUCAUCACUAAAAGGGAUUAGUGCUGGAAUGGCUGCGAGUUGUCCUGAGAGCAGAAAGAAUAUUUCAGUCGAACUAUCAAUUUUCCUUAUAUGACUACAAUUACCUCUUUCCAGAAGUAAUUGGAGGUCUAGAUAGUCUAUGAUUAUAUAGCAAACUAAACUAUAUUUAUGUUUUGCAUCCACUGGCACUUGGCAGUCUACUCAUAAUUACACA